AUGCCUAUUCGAGAAGAAGCACUUCCUCAAUUAGACUUUGAAAUAGUAACAUUAGCAUGGAUAAAUUGUUCAUCACAUCAACUCAAAGCCUUUGUUGGAAAUCAUGUUGCAAAAAUUCAGACGUUAUCAGAGAACUUCGAGUGGAAACAUAUCCGUUCGGAAAAGAAUCCUGCUGAUUUGGUUUCUCAUGGAGUUGAGCCAGCUGUUGGUAAGAAAUUCAAGCCCUUAGAUGUGUUGGCAGCUUUGGAAUGUCCUUACCAGAAAAAUAUUGAACUGUGCUCAGAACUUGAAGUACCUGAAGGUGUUAAAUUGAAGACGCUAAUAAAACAGAAGAAAGAUCUGCAGAAGCGUAUUGAAGAUCCUCAGUAUAAAAAUUUUGUGUACGCUAAUUCAAAAUAUGUGAAUUUUCCGCUUCCAAAGGUUAGUGCUUAUAAGAAAGCAAAAUAUGAAGUGCCAUUUGAACCUGUAUCAGAGCCGGAAAUAAUUUUGUCUGUGCAAGUAUUUCGACCAGAAAAACAAAGCAACAAUUAUAUAAAAUCUGCGUUGCCUCGUUUUCCUGUAUUUCAGAUUGAUCAGGAGUUUUUGAUUCUUGGUUCGCAGUAUUUAACAGAAUUACGUGACAGAAUAGACUGUAUUUCUGAUAGAGUCAUUCCUGGUGAUUUUAGUGAGCACCCUGAUCUAGAACCCGAUGUCACAUGCAAAGAUUUAUAUAAGUCUGGCUUUUUUUACAUUGAUGGUGUGUUUUAUAAUGAUAUGCGAGAUUCAGAUUGCAGAGAUUACAGCGAAACAAUUAUGAAAUGGUCUCAGGACAAAAGAAGGGGUAUAGGACCUUUCCAAAAAGCAUUGAUGGAACAUUGUCAGUUCAUUGAUUUGAGUAUUCAACUUGGCUAUCCUUAUGUGUAUGUUCAUCAAGGAAACUGUGAGCAUAUAACUGUAUUCAAUGAUGUGCACAUGUUUUCGCAUCACUACUGUCAAAAUAGAAAUGAUUAUCCUCUUAUUGAUUUGAAACCAAAAAAACGUGUAUUAUGUAUGGCUUGUCGUAUUUAUACAGCAGGAUGGGUUGUUUAUGAAAACAAGCGGCUUCCUGAAAAUCCAUUUUUCUUCUGUAAACAAUGUUUCAAAAGUUUUAAUUAUGACGAAAGUAAUCGGAAAAUCGGGAAUUUCAGAGCAUAUCACUACGUCGAUAGAAGUGUUUUGGCAUAAACAUUUUUUCAUAGAUGUUUGUUGGAAUAAGAGUUUUUUUUUUUUUUUUUUUUUUUUUUUCAUUUGAAUUUUAACACAUACCUUUGUACAGUUAAUUAUGAUAAUUGUAUUUAUCAAUAAAUAAAUAUUUCCUGAG